AUGGUGUCUCUUGCUGACCUUAGUGGGAAGCUUGGCCAAUUUAUUGGCCAAAGUGACGCUGUUACCAAAGCAAUUAAUGAUGCUAUUACAGCUAUUAUUAACAGUCAUGAUGAAUUCAAAAGCCUUAGAAACUCUCCGUCUUCGCCUGCGCAGUCUUCUGGUUCCGUGCCUGCUGAGCUUAUAAAUGUUGCUGAGCUUCUACAGAAAAUUCAGCAUUUUAAGAAAGAAAUUGCGUCACUUGAAAAACGUAAAAGCGACCAAAAUCCUUCCCUCUCCUCUGAAGAUUCUCGCCUUUUAUCCUCUCAUCAGUCCAAGUUGCAGUCUCUUCAGAGGCUGAAGAGCCUUAAUGAGUCUUUGAGUUCACUUAAUAAACAACAAAGUGAUAACUGUAAAAACCUUCUAACAAAUCUCACUGACGGUUUAGAAAAGUUCCUUGGUUUCAAUUCAACUUCCAAAGGCUACGACGGCACUGGCAUCGUGUACUCGGACCUUGACAGGCUCUGCGACGGGGUGAUGUCUUUCCUUCAUGGAGUUUUAAAUGAAGUUUAUAAAAAUGAGAAUCUUUCACCUUAUGCAGAGAAAUUAACUCAAGCUGUAAGCCUUUUAGAAACUCAUCGUUAUAAUGGCCAAACAGGUUUGCGUACUGUGAUUGACACUGUCAAGGAGGGGAUUGGUCAGUGGUUGGGGGAUGUUAAGACAAAAAAUGAUGGCGUUAAGAAAUCAUUAGAAACAUUAUUAAGCGGUAACAAAAUUAAAAAUAUUACGAAGCUACAUACAACAAUUCAAACAUAUAAUGGUAUGGAUUACAAUGCGUAUUACGCUAGCCAGUUGUCUGACUGGCUUCAUCAUGUCGAACAGCUCCCGACGUAUUGUGGCAUAAUUUCAAUAAAUCUCCAUAAGCUUGAUGACAACGUUGAAAACAAAUUAUCUCCCCACGUCUCCCUAAUUAAAGACAGAGUGGACACUUUUGUGGACUCCACAAAGAAGGAUCACGAGGGGCUUAAGGAGGUAUGUGAGAGGGUGGAUGAGCAUGUGAAAUAUAUUACCAAUUAUGCUGAUGGAGUUCAGAAUGAGGUGGAAAAUAAUCUCGACAUCUUCUUCGAGAAUACGGAAACUGAACUCCAACAUCUUCAGGAGAAAAGUCGACAACUAUACAAGUCAUGUUGGGAAUCUGAUACCCGGUUGGCAGAGUUAGCUAAGUCAGCCGAGGCUGCUUUGGCUGCCGCCCAACAGAAUUGUGAUAAAGUUGGUGCACUAAAUGGAAAGAUUAAAAAGGACCUUCAUACCCAGUCUGAAAAAGUAUGGCGAAACUCAUUGGCUGUUGAUGUUAACGGUAUAAAAGGAGAAAUUCAGGGAUUGCUCACUGGAGUGGAUACAGCAAUUGAGAAACUUUCUGAAGCCUUGGUUGGUAUAAACCUUAAAUCUAUGAAGGAUAUGUUGCAUAAGUUUAAUCGGGAAGAUAUUCAGAAUAUGAAGAAUGCUAUUGAGGCCGCAAAUGGAGAGUUUAGUGAUUCGGAUGUGGGUAAGUAUCCCAGUCUGAACUACUUCAAAUAUAUAGUUAGCCAAGAUACCAAAGGUACUAGCAUAUUUGAGAAGUUGAAGAAGGCUAUCGAACCAUCACCUGCCAAAACGCCCGUUAUUAAAACUCCACCGGCACCCAAGGCAGGAGUUGAAGACACAAGCCCUGCCGGCCAAGUCGACGCGGCGAUAAAAGCCGUUGCGGAUAAUGUUAGCAAGUUGGACACUGAAUUCAAUGAUAAGAUUAAAAAUAGCCUCGACGACGCUGUGGGACAAAUUAGGAAAACAGUGGCAUCGCUCCUAAAAGAAUCUGCCGCAAUUGCUAACCCUGACUGCGGAAUUCCUUAUGACGUACCAAACCUAUAUCAUCAUAUUAAUACACUUAGAUUACGAUUCCAGGAGUUUGUCACCACCGUCAAAGAUGCCAACUUGAAUUAUCAUAUUAAAUGCCUUAAGGCCUCAUUUAAAGAAGGCAAACAAAACAUGGUCAAGCAUAUUACAGGCAUUUUAACAGACAUCAAAUCCCUCGCCACCACCGCCGCCACCUCCAUCAAACGCCAAGCCCUCUCCCAGUUCGCCCAGUCCAAGGCCCGCGCGCUCGAGCAGCUGAAGGCGCUGGUCACCGAGCAAAAGACGAAGAUUGAAGAAAUUAUCCAAAAGGAUUCAGACAGCGGGCUGAAGGGGUUGAUGAAGUGGAUGAACGGCGGUAUGCAUCAAGAUCCUGCAAGUAAGCAAAUUACUCCGGGUAGUAAGUUUGAAGAAUUUAUAAGUGCUGCGACUAAGCUAAAUCAGACACCCCAGCAAGGCAAAGAAUAUCAUGAAAAAUUCUGUGACUUAUCCACAAAGUUUAAAGAUUAUGUCGCCGUUAUUCUCCAAUACAUCGAACAUCAAGUCAAGACUCCAAUUCCCGAUACCCUUGAACGCAAUCCGACCGACCAGUCGGAGAGAGUCAAGGACAUCAAGUCCAUAAUGGACAAUUUGCUUGCCUACCUUAAAAGUAGUGACAAAAUAUGUCAUUUCGACCACGUCUCUACAUCAUAUUUAGAUGCUCUUAAUGCGUCUCUCCUUAAGCUCUCCCCCUCCACGUUUGCCGGCUUCCACAACCCGCUGCUCCUCGACGCCCUCAGGUCCGGCAUGGAAAAAUUCACCGAGCAACUCGGACACGCGUACGUGAAUAAAUACUCCGGGUGUAAGCCUGUAAAGAACUGGGACGAUGUAAAAUCCUCCGACAAGUUAUCCACCGAGGGCCGCAACUGCGCCAAGGUCUGCCUGACCAUACUGGAGAUAUUUAGUCAUGAUCUUAAUGAGCUCAAGCAUCAAUGUGAGACGAAUUGGAAGAAUAGAAAGAUAUGCCUUAAGAAUGGCAAUGGAAGCAUCAAUGAUCUCGGUUUAUGUCUGAAGCGUUUCGGUUACGGAGUUCCAUCCAGGGAAGACGUGCAGGACGACGAGUUGAGAUGUUCUAAAUAUAUGAACGGUAAUGAAAUUUUUGCAAAACUUACCAUUCCAACUAUAACCGAACGUGACGAAUACAACGUCAUUAGCACUCUCAAACAUAUCUGCGACAAUCUUCUCAUCUACUACCGUGUUUGCCACUACUCCACAUUACAGUCCAAGACAUAUCCAUCCUCCGUGUACCAAAUGCUUCUGUGGUUGGCAGGCUUACCAUAUAAUCCCGUAUAUGACGACUUGUCACUUAACGGUUUUGGCAGCCUGCUUGAUAAGCCAGAGGAGCAGGACACGGACACUGGCGAUGAGAGUCUGUCUGUCGAUGUCGACAACGGCGACACUGACGAAAGCCGUAUCACUCUCAAAGACGAAAAUGAAGAAUCGCUGGAUGCGUACAAAGAGAAGAUCACAGUUCCAAAACUGUAUGAAGCACUUGCAGAAGCAUGUUCACACGCCCACUCAGUACUCACUUCGAUACUUGGCCACGGCCACGCAGGUGGCAUCUACGCCGUCGACUUCAACACUAACGAAGAUAAAUUCUCGUAUCCUUCUGACAUGAACAGCUUAAUAUGUAUGCUAUUUGAGAUCGUAAAACGCCUUCACGACCAACUUUAUUUCCUGUAUAGACAAUGUAUGCAUGACAGUAAGCUUAGUGGUUGGUCAGACUGUUGGUAUGGUCACGAUAUUGGUGGUACAGCAUGGAAGUGUAAUACCCUCCAAUGUCCCAACCAAUCAGGUGACCAAAUUGCCAACCAAACACAUAAGCAAACAUGUAACCAAAAGUGCAACCAAAGUGUUAGUUGCGGUGUGAAAUCACCUUUGCAAUCGUUCCUCGAGGAUGGCCUUCAGGGCUUCCUACCUCACAGCCUCAAGUCUGAGAGAGGCAAACUUGAGUGUUCAGUAAAACCGCACUUUAACUUACCAUGUAAAACGCCGAUGGGUUUCUCAGAUAUUAGUCACAUGGCAUCGCAUAGGCAAACUGGUAGGCAUAUAAGAGAAGCGCUUUUCGAUGUUUGCAGUGGCGAAUGGUCUGCUUUCAGUAGACUCUGCAGCCUCCUGAACUGUCUGCUGCCUAGUGCUCCCAAAACGUUAGAUGACAUGUUCGGUUUCUACUUUAAUCUAGUCAAUGGGUGGAAUAAGACGGCAAAGCAGGCCUUCGAUAACGCCAUCAACGAAGCUAAUUUCAACCGCACCAACGCACGGUUGGACAUUAGUGCAAUAUUAAAGAGCAACGAUCAUGGCUCCGGCGAUAAUAUGCCACAUCUGAAAGGUGAUCUCCAUUCCCUUGUGGACUGCAAGUAUAAUGGAGAGUCACAUCCAGCCUAUCCAUGUGGUCCAUAUGUGCAGCCAUUGUGCUACUAUCGGUGCGGCAUUUUUGCUGCUAAGAACAAUGAUAAAUAUGUCUCAUGGAUUGUUUACUUGACAGAGUCAUUCCUGGAGUUGCUUGAAAAAUUGUACGAGGAAUGUUGCAAAAACUGCGACUCCGCAACGUCUAAGUGCAAAAUUAGUAAAUGUAAGGAUGAUUGCAAAGCUAAAGACGCAAAGAUGUCUGUAGCCUCUACUCACAAUGGGUCAUGUAAUUCCAUAGUACAUUGCAACCUUAUGCGUCCCACCAUGUAUAGAUGUGGCUUCGUGUUUCAGAGCAUAUAUAAACUAAGCGGCACGAAAAGUGUCGAAACGAAACGUACAUGUAAAGAUUUCUGUAACGCAUUGAAAAAAGUUAUUAACAAGGAAGAAAAAUUACAACAUGUGCUUGCCCAUUUCGUAUACAGGACAAUUCCUGAAUACCUGCUAAAAAUAAGAUUCCCAUUCAUGUCUUUAUUACUCACCCUCUGGUCGCUCUCGCUCCUGUACCUGCUGCACAUCACCGUCGUCCGCCUCGACGUCCUCAGGAUACGCUCCCACCUGAGGUCACCCUCAAGCCACCGCAUCGCCGCGCAGUCCCUCCUCGCCGCCGCACGCGUCAAGGCACUCGCCAACGUCAAUGUCCAUUUCACCUCCUCUAAUUGUCCUCUAACCUCUUUUGACCUCCCUCCUCGGCCUCCUUCGUCGGCCUCCAUCGACUGGUUGAUCCAGGUUAAGCAUGGGAAUGGUGGUGAGGGUCUUAAGAACUUGGCUGAUGCUUUGAAAAAGUUGAUUGGUGAUGCUAUUAAAAGUGCAACUGAUAGUCUUAAAAAUAAAGAAGAUGAACUUAAUUGCUCUGGAAACUCUUGGGAUGGUAAUUCCCAUUGUAAUACGCUUCAAGAGCAAAUUGCUAAAGCCAAUGAAUCUGGAGAUGAAAAAGAAAUUUCAAAGGCUCAAUCAAAAUACAAUGGUCAUUAUUCCGAAGUACAUGGCUCUGACUCUAAAAGGGAUAGAGCUAAGAAGAAUCUUGGUGAGCUUCAAAAAAAACUUGAAGGCUUUAUUGGAGAAGACAAAGAUAACGCUGAAACAUGUAAAAAUCUUUUAACAAAUCUCACUGAAGGUUUAGAAAAGUUUCUAGGCUUUAAACCUGACUCCAAAGGCUACGAUGGCACUGGCAUCGUGUACUCCGACCUUGACAGGCUGUGUGACGGGGUGAUGUCCUUUCUCCUUGAAUGUCUUAAGGGCAGUAGAGAUCUUUUACAUCAUUAUUUUCCUGAUAUUACAAGGACAAUUAGUGAGUUAGAAGGUAAAAUAGGUAAGGGCUCUGGUGUCUUAGGAUUUGCGCAGGCCAUUGGGAGAGUGCAGCAGGGGCUGCAGGGGUAUGAUGAUGAGUUGGGGAGGAGGACAGGGAAAGUAGUUGAUGAAUUGGUCACUCUGCAAUUUAUAUUGUCAAAGAAUGUCGAUGAUGAUUUUAAUGGCACAAGAAAAAAUAUUGAAGGUAUUCAAAAUCAGUUUAGACAAUGCGUUCAGCAGGCUAAGCAGAAAAUGAGAGCACUUAAAGGAAAUCCAGAUGGCUACGCCAAGCUUGAUAAAGACCUGCGGGAGCAAUUGAAAGCUUCACUGGGGAAACUUGAAAGCGCGAUAAAAGUGUUGGAGAGAUCGUCAGUGAACACUUGGCUUGAGAAGGCGUAUCAGCAUGUGGAUGAACGGUUUGCAGCGUUGCCGGGAGAUAUCAGCUAUUGGAUUGAUAAGAAUGUCAUGAACGAGAUUAAUAUUCUUAAGUGGCGCAUUGAGACAAUUAAAAAGAAGUUUGAUGACGGUAAUAAAAAUAACACAGAAGACGUUCAAGGUAAAUUAAAAUCCAUCGAGUCUGCAAAAACAGAAGUAACAAACGUGUUACAAGCGGCGGAGGAAUAUAUUAAGAAAUUUAAUAUGGGCAAUGAGUACGAAAAUAAGGUCACUGAGGCGUUUCAAGCUUUGAAGGCGUUAAUGAAAAAUGUUUAUGAAGAUAUCGAGGAGAAGAAGAUGAAGAUCGAUGAACCGCUUGAUACUGUUAGUACAGAAGUUCGAGGUUUGUGUGUAAAGGUGGAGAGUGAUUUGGAGACGUUGAGGAAUCAUAUUUGGGAGCUUACAACUGGUAUGCACAGUGAACCCACUGGAAAUGUUCUUGUUAAGAAGGCGCUGGAGGAUCUUAAGUCUGCCAAGCAGCCUCUUGAUAAGAUUACUGUUUCCAAGGAGUCGAGUGCUUUACCGGAGGACGGUAAUCUUGAACUCAGGUUUGAUGGUGUCAUCCAUCAGCCGCUUAACAGUAAAGUCAAAGCAGUUGACACAGCGAUUGGGGCGCUUUGCAAAGCCGUUGGGGAAAGUGAAAAGCAAACGGUUACUGCGUUUUUGGAGAAUGUCAGUAAGCAAGUCGAGGAUAUUGGGAAAAUUGGUCAGGAUUCUGACCAACUUAAUAACUUAUUUACUGCAGUCACCGAUUAUGUGGGAUGGGCCGGUGAUGGAUUUGAUAAAAAGGUGCAGCAAUGGGUAGGCACAAUUGUGGAUACUGCAAAAACAGAAGCGAGUCUUUAUUUGUAUCUCACAGCCAAAACCCAAGAUGCUAAUUGGAAAACCAUAUCCGAAGUAAAGGAGAAGAUUAAGAGCCAUGUUUUCAAGGAAAUUACUCAAUACGGUGGCGAUAAGCCGGCACUGGACGCCAACAACGUUCAGACAACGUUGAGUAGUGUUAAGACAUAUCUUAUGAAGAUUCCGCAGAGUAUCAACCCAAAUCUUAAGGCUAGUAGUAUAGCCCAGGCAAUAGACCCUGAACUGCGGACUUCCGCUGGUUCUUUUCCUCCUACCAAAUCCGAUCUCGAAGUGGCUGUUACAACUGUACUGGCAGCCAUCUCCGCAAAGGCCACAAAGGACUCCGCUGAAAUCGGCAGGUUCACUGAUUCCCCUGAAAUGACCUUCCUUAACGGCGUCAUAGGCAAGACUCUAAGUCUUGCUGGUCAAAUCGGCAGAGCGUUGAACGCUGAUGUGGAUGGGAAGCUGAGUGAAGUAAGUGAUCAGGUCAAGAAGCUUAACGACACUUUUAAGUACAGCGUUAAAAAUGGUCUAGAAACCGCCGUCAGCGCUUUUAACAAUGCUGCCAUUUCACAGAUAAAAUCCGCAGCAACAGCUGCGAUAACGGCGGCCGUUGGGAAAUUCAAGGGAGACAGUCAUGGUAGUAUAAAGCUUGAGAAGAAUGGUCUCAUGUCCUCUUUUGAAGGAGCCAACGAGAAGCUCACAAUGAAUAUCCCCAAAAUCCAGGAAGAAAUCGUUAAACUUAAAGGGCUGAACGAAAGGGUGGACAGUGCCGAAAAAGGCAUGAAUGCCGUGAUAGCCGACCAAAACAAAGCUCUUGUGGGCUUCAGAAAGGAAAUCAACGCCGCAGUCAGUAGCCUCAUAGCUGAAUAUCAGAAAUUGACGCAGCAACUCGCAGUGAUCAAGACCCAUGUGAACGAAGCGUUUGAGCAUGCCAUCGAAGUGAUUAAAACAAUAAAAGUCGACCUCAAAAAAGAAAUCCAACGUCAGAUUGUUGGUAUUCAAAAUGACGUUCGCUCCAUGUUCGCCGCCCAAAAGAAGGCUGAUCUAGAAGCAUUGAAGGAAUGCGUCAAAAUGCAAUCUGAACAAGUUCAAAGAAUCAUUCAUAAUAACAAACAUAUAGGGUUAAAGGGUUUCAUUGCUAAAGUGAAGGAGAAAUUUGUCACUCCUCUCAAUAUUUAUCUGACUCCUGCAGGUCCACAGGCACGUGGUGCCGCCGGUGAUCCAUCCCAGCACAAACAAAUGCACGAGAUUGCCGAAGAGGUCAGGAAAAACUUUGUGGAGUCUUUCAAAACAUUAUAUCUUCAAGCAGAUUUCAAGUUAUACUUUGAGAAUGUACACCCACUGAGUUCCGAGAUUAACGUUCUCCUCACGGGACUCAUUAAGUCGGGACACGUCGACCAUAAUUUGAGUAACAAUCUGGAUUCACUCAAAACGCAACUUGCCACCAUGACACCGCAUAAAUUUGGUGAGCCUUCGACAUUGAUAUUACAGGCUCUCAAGGAGGGUUUCAACGGCCUGACAAAAGAGCUGGACUACGCUUACACCAGCACGUACUCCGGUGAAAAGAUUAAGUGGGAGGCGACGACAGACGGCAAGAAAGCUUUAUCUAAUAAUGCUGUAAAGUGCGCAAACAUCUUCGUCACAAUCAUUCCAACACUCGGGGAAUUGAUGACACUUAACGAAUCCUGCAUGAAAAACGAGUGGUGUCGAAAGCAAGUAUUCGAUGCCAACAGUAUUCCCAUCGCCACAACUCUGAAAAGCCAUGGCUAUGACAUUCCGUCAUCCUCUAAAAUACAAGACGGUGAAUUGAGACGCGACCUCACUGGGAUAGUUAUAGGCAACAUUAUACAUAAAAACAAGGAACUGUGUCCACACCUCGGCAAGAGGGAUGGCCUAAUCCAGGAGCUUUACGACUGUUUCCAAUAUUACUACCAAGUCCGUCACCUUGAAUUGCCCAAAUCGAAAGCAUACCCCUGCUCGGUCAGAGAUAUGCUUUCAUGGCUCACUGGUUUGCCGCAUACUAGGGUAUAUAAAAAUGUCAACGAUUACUGUAAUACCUUGUUGAACGAUAAAACCAAUAGUGGCGAUGAAAGACUUUUGUAUAUUCUUAAAUAUACAUUCCGUAAUAGCCUAUCCUUCACCAUACAAAAUUCAUAUGAUUUGCUCGUUGCAAUCCAAGGCCACGGCCAUGGUUUUGACCAAUCCGACUACCCAUAUGCCUGCUAUUUCCGAGACAACUCACGCGGUUUCCAUUACCCAUCCGACGUAGCCGGUCUCUUCGAUAUGCUAAAAGACAUAUGUACGCGUUUACUACGUUCACUGUAUUUCACUUAUAGCAGAUGCCGUACACCAUCUCAAGUACAUGGGUGGCGUGAAUGUUCAUAUGGUCAGGCAGUCUUAUCGACAAACUGGCAAUGUAACGACCAUCCAACCGGCCAAGCAAACACCGAACCAAAAGACCAACCAAAGGGCCAGGCAACUGGCCAACCAAAUGACCAAACAAGUUGUUAUCCAAAAUCACCUUUACAGGCUCACCUAAUGGACGGCCUGCCUGGCAUGUUGCCGCAUAAAUUGUCAUCACUUGGUUGCUCGUCUAAAUGUUCGAGUUGUCCAAAAGGAUCGCCAGGGCAGCAGUGCAUCACUCCGAUGGGUUUCUGGGACUUGUCAACAGCGGCAUCCGUAACGAGAGAAGGUAGUGUUCUAUACAGAGUGCUUGCUAGGUUUUGCAAGAAUGGCGCAUCACCGCUUUGUUCCCUACUACGCUGUCUACUCUGUCUUUUACCACAUCCUCCGAAAAGCACUUCAGAUAUUUUUGCGUUAUACUGUAAUAUGCUGCAGAGAUGGAAUGCGCCCACUUAUGGUCAUGACGCCGAAUACAAAAAGGAAAUUAACGCCGCCAUUCAAUCAUGUUUCCCACUGUCAGCUUCCUUUCACGGUGAUUAUCCAGCGACCAAGUUGACUGAUGCAAUGCAGAAUUUGUAUUGCUCUGAUAAAGAUCACACCGGUAAAAACACUGAUAACGAGCACUGUGAUCUUUGGAGCAUUAGCAGACCUAAAUUUGAUGAUUCACAAGUGACUUGCUCUGAUAUUAAUCCCAAUUGUGCCCCUUACCUCCAACCUCUCGGUCUCCAUGCGCAUCACAGCUACGCCCCUAAACACGCCAAUUUGUAUUUAUCUUGGUUUACAUAUUUGGCAUGGGAGCUUUGGAAUCUUCUCGAAUCUUUGCUUAAUGCGUUCAAAAGUAUAUCUUGUAAAGCACAUGGAUGUUCAUCAUGUAAUUGCGUCCCAGGAAAGCAUGGUGUUUGUGAAGAAAAGUCCUCUAACUCUGCAAACCCGCGUAAGCCGACUUGCCAUUGCAAUUCCAUUGUCGAUUGCCAAGGUGCAAUUUCAACAUUCUACAUGUAUGGAUUCACGUUCCGCGUACCGGGGGAGUUGAUGCAAAAUCCUACUAAAAAGACAUGUGAUGACUUUGUAAAUCAAAUGACCAAAGUGCUGAAUUCACAAUACUUCAUCACAUUGUUUGAUGAAAUUGACAAGUUUUUCUACUGCAUUAGAUCACCAUUCAUGACCUUAUUGUUAGCCCUCUGGUCGCUCUCGCUCCUGUACCUGCUGCACAUCGCCGUCGUCCGCCUCGACGUCCUGAGGAUACGCUCCCACCUGCGAUCACCCUCAAGCCACCGCAUCGCCGCGCAGUCGCUGCUCGCCGCCGCACGCGUCAGGGCACUCGCCAACGUCAAGUAUAAUGGCCAUUACUCCGAAGUACAUGGGUCUGAGUCUAAAAGAAAGAGUGCUGAGAAGGAUCUUGCUGAGCGUAAGAAGUGCCUUGAAAGUCUCAAAACAUCUCUUAAAAUAUUUACUGAGUCAGGGGAAGAAUGUAAAAGCCUUUUAACAAAUCUCACUGAUGGUUUAGAAAAGUUCCUUGGUUUCAAUUCAACUUCCAAAGGCUACACUGGCGAUGGCAUCGUGUACUCGGACCUUGACAGGCUCUGCGACGGGGUGAUGGCGUUUCUUCAUGGUGUUCUUGAGAGUGUGAAAGAUGAUGAUAACGUUACAACUUAUGAUAAUAAUACACUUAAUAAUGUUCUUGACAAUUUACAUAAUAAUGUAGGUAAAGGCCGUGAGGCCUUCGGUGUCGCCGUGACUGAGGUGGGGGAGAGGACUGGAGAAGUGAAGACAUCUCUAACAGGCUUAAUAGGUGAGUUAAGUGAUGACAAAAUUAAUAGAUAUGUGCAGGACGAAAAGGACAAGAAGCUGGAGACCCAGUUGAUGGACUGGCGGAAGACAGUGACUGACCUAGAAGGGCAGUUGAGCACUAUAGAAACUGAGAAAAUUAAUUUGUUAGAUGACUCACUUAAGGCACAGAUAGCGCACGAAUAUAGACCACUUAGCGCGGCGGUUGGGGUGUUGGUUAGGGCGGCUAGGGACGAGUUUGUCCAGGGGCAGGCCAAAAAAAUUGACACCGAGCUGGAGGUUCAGCGUAGCCAUCUUGUGGGUAGGAUUAGCAAUGGUUGUGAUGGGUUAGGAAAGAUGCUAGAUAAUGGGUUUAAUGAUAUUUUGAACGAAACGCAUCGUCUGAGUGACAAAAGGAAAGAGCAUUUUGAGAACAUUAGUCAGCAAUUUAAGGAUACUCGAGUUGCUCUAUUCGACUACUUCGACACAACCUAUAAGGCUGAGAUUGAAACGCAAUUUACAAUUAUCGAUGGUCAGAUGACCCAAAUUAAUCCGAAUAAGCCUGGACCAAAUCGGUCGGAGCUCAAAAAGAAAUUCAGUGAGUUGACGGCGAGGGUUGGGGAGAUUGGCAAGAGUUUGCAGGCGGAUGUUGCGAGGUUGGAGAAGUGGAGGAUUGAAGCAAUUAAAGUUGUGAGCACGGCGGGGCAGAGUUGUACGGAGAUUGUUGGACAACUAGAUCAUAGUAAACCAGAAAAUUCGCUUUAUUCUCAAUUCGCAAGCAUUGAAAUCGUCCGUCAAACAGUCGAAAGUGUUCAUAGCGCGCUUGGCAGAAUUGACACUUCACUGUUUAGUUGGAUCGAAAAGACGACGCCAUUGGUGGAGACGUCUUUGAGUUUAGUGAGUGCAGUUUUGAAAGAGUUUGACACCGGGGAAAACAAACCUUUGCUUAUUAAACUAGCAGCCGAGAAGCUUCAUGUAGAUGCGGAGGCACUGCGUAAGGCAAUGGAUGCGGCACAAAAAUAUAUACAGGAGCAGGUGGUAAGUGCUGAGCAGGCCGUUACACGUACAUUAAAAGAAGCCGUAGAGAAUGAUUUAAAACAACUAAGAGACAAAAUUAAAGUUACCGUUGGAGAGUAUUUUACUGGAUUGGCGGGAUUGGACUUCAAGAAGGGUGCUACUAGCGGUGCAUGGAGUGGCGCAAAUGUUCAUAUGAUUAGUGGCCUCGACAAUAAAAGUCAGAAAUUGAAACAGUGGCUGGAGGGAGCCGGUAACAGUGGUUUGGCAAAUAUUAAAAACGCUACCGGUUUAGAUCUGUCAGCAUCCAGCGGUACAGCAGCUUUAAAUGCCGCAUUGUAUUCUCUGGAGAAUCUGAAGGGUGCCAUAAAAGGCUCUUCCACAACAGGUUUUGGUGCCAUGAAAGAUGAUGCAGAAAUGAAGAUUGAUAAAACGUAUGGUACGAGUGGUAAGCCAGUAAACGGUAAUCAUACGUCAAAUUAUGAGAAAGAUAAAUCACAGGUCAUCGACCGUUUGAGAAGCGUGCAGGGUCCAGAAGGUCUGGAAAAGCUUAAGAAAGUUAUGAGCUGUGGUGACAGAAAACCACAAAUUACGGACACCACCCUGAAAGCCCUUUACAAUGCCGUUACCGAAAGCCUUUCCAAACUCAGCAAAGCCAUUAUAACUCAUGUUGCAGGAAAUGGCGAUCCCAACGAUGGUUUGCAGAAGAAACUGAAGAAACUUGAGACCUUGAUAAGCGAGGAAACCAAAAUACCAGUUGUUGGUGGAAAUCAGGAAGGCCUCGGCAAAAUUAAAGCAGACCUCCACGGUCAAAAGAUAGCGUUGGACGCCAAAGCCGAGGAUAUCGCCCAAGCUGUCCAAGGAAUUCAGAGCCAAAUUACCGCAGUAUCCAAAAAGAUUAAGGAAGAGCCUACCAGUAGCAAAAACAGCGUGAACGAUUACCUGUCGGAUAUAAGUAGUAUGAUUACGCAGAGUGGCGAUGAUGUUCAACCUGCUGCCACGUAUUCACCUCACACCUCCGUUGCUAGCGUGAAAGGACUCGCGAAAAUCAAUGAUGACAUGGAGAAAAUACUUGGUGAAACAGAUAAUAAAGUAUCUCAAAACUUAAAAUCCACUGUUGACAAGGCCACUAUCGAAAUCGGCAACAUAAUCGCUGAUCUGGAGAAGCUUCCACAACUGGUUAAUGCCAAGAAAGAGGCAGCAGCGUAUCUUAUGGACAAUUUAAAAACGAAUCUUGACAAAAACCUCAAUGCCAUUUCGUCAGCUCUCACCGCAGCCGAGAUUGAUUUUAUAAAUGCCAUAAAAGCCGCCAUAAAUUCGGUUCACAAGGUGUAUACAGCAUCAUCGAAGGCCGUCGCCGAACUCAGAAAUUCCCUCCUCUCACAAGUCAAUUCAUCCUUCAGCAUCCUCACCGACGACAUUCAACGACUUUUUGCCGAAGGUCACAGAGCCGAUUUAAGGGCCUUAAAAACACUAAUUACGGAAACCAAUACAAAGAUCUCAGACAUCAUCGACACCGACAAAAAGACGGGGCUCAAGGGAUUGCUGAAGACGGUGAGUGGUGUGGCGGCGGAUGGUACACUUGAUACAUUUUCCACUAAGCUUGGUGCGCUGAUUAGUACUCUGCAUCAGUCGGCGAAGGAAAAGAGAUUCUCAAACUUAGCUGACAAUUUCAGAGAAUACGUGAUUCAGAUUUUGCAAUAUGCCGGAAAGGACAUGAAGAGGGUGUCCAAGGAUCCAAGCGUGGAAACGUAUUAUGACAAACUUAGAGACAUUUUCGACAAGCUUCGCGACUUGCUUACUCACCUAGGUAAAACCGAUAGAAAAUACAGUUUCGAUAAUGAAUUUGUUAAAUCACUUGCCGCACUUAAAACUUCACUUAGAAGCCUGUCACCUCUGAAAUUUGGUGCAAUCUCCUAUCCGGCCUUAGAUUGUCUCAAGGACGGAUUAGAGAGGUUUACGGAACAAUUAGAUAAGGCUUACAUAAAUGCUUAUGAAGGGCAUACGGACAAAAUUGAUUUUGAAAAUCUAGUGAAAACUAUAAAAGCUUCGACAUCUGCCAAACAGGGUGAUACAAAAGAGGAAUUAUCAUCUGACGGCAAAAACUGCGCCAACAUAUUUUUGACUUGUCUGCCAACGCUUUUCGAAAAAUUGUACCACGUGUUUUUCCACGGCGGUAAGGAUUGGAAGACUUAUAAAAUACAAGCCGAGAAAGGUAACAACGCUCUGAGGGAUUUCAUGGAAAAAUCGGGUUACCUCAUUGAGAACCUUAUCAAUAAAGAUGACACUGGAAUACGUGUCACCGGAAAAUUAUUUGACGGCUUCAACAAAUAUGGUGAGUUUAACAAAGACCCAGAAAAGGCUGAAUCUCUCGACGAUUGCGUUGAGGAUUUCAGAAAACAGGACGGUCCUUUAGUUAAACUUUUUAAUCAACUUAACACAUAUUACGAAGUAUGUCAUCUUAAGCACAAUGGCUCCCCUAAGUAUCCGUGUUCUAUUCGGGACAUGCUUUCAUAUUUCUGUGGACUUCCUCAUACUAAUGUGUACACUCAAAUUGAAAAGUACUGCACAGACACGCUCAACGAGAAGGACAAGGCAACUGGCAGAUUCCCUAAUAGGGAUGAUGAAGUAAUCAAUAGAAUACUCGACUCUAAUUUGCGUGACAGUUUAUCCUUAACUUGUAAAUAUGCUUACACAUCACUUGUUGCGAUACAAGGCCACGGUCACGGCUUUGACCAGGCCGACUACCCAUAUGCGUGUAACUUCCGGGACAACUCACGUGGCUUUUACUAUCCGCAAAAGGUUCCCGAACUAUUACAUAUAUUAAAAGACAUAUGUAGACGUGUUCUCAGGCAGUUCACAUUUUUGCGUGGUCGGUGCCGGGCGAACUCACAGAUGCGUGGGUGGCGUGAAUGCCACUACGGCCGUGAUGUUGGUGGUUCAUCAUGGGACUGCAAUGACAGGCAAUGUGCAAACCUAGCGUGUCCCCUAAGCCCUAACCAAAAGGGUAACCAACGUGCCAACCAAAGCACUAACCAAAUAUGUGAGCAACACCCUAAGUGCGGUGUGAAAUCACCGCUUCAAGCUCACCUAACAGACAGUCUACCCGGUUGUCUACCACAUAAAUUAACGUCCGUUGGUUGUUCAUCUAAAUGUUUGAGCUGCCCAAAAGGAUCGCCAGGUCAACAGUGUAUUACCCCAAUGGGUUUUUGGGACUUGAGCAAUGCGGGGUCGGUUACCAGAAAGGGCAGUGACCUAUACAAUGUCCUUGCUACGUUCUGCCACAAUGCAAACUCACCGCUUUGUGCCUUGCUUUGGUGUCUUCUAUGCCUUAAUCCAUAUCCUCCUAGCAGUUUGGGCGAUAUGUUUGCUCUCUACUGUAAUGCUAUGCAGGCCUGGCACAGUACCGAAUAUGGUCAUUCAGCACUACACAAGAGUAAAAUAAACGGUUCCAUUGGAAACUCGUUCCCAUUUGAGACAUCCCUGCACAACGACUACAGUGCUGAAAGUCUGACCGAUGCUCUGUAUAACUUGCAUUGCGCUAAUGGUGAUCACAACGGCGACCCAAAUGACAAUAAUCACUGCGGUCUCCAAAGUUUGUCAACAAUGCCUAAUACCAAGGAUUCCAUGCAGUGCUCCGUCAAAGGUUCUACGUGUGGUCCUUACCUCCAGCCUCUAUCGUUUCAUUCAUAUCAUACAUUCGCCCCUAAACAUGCCGGAAUGUAUCUCUCUUGGAUCGCAUAUUUAACAUGGAAUUUCUGGAUCCUACUCAAUGAGUUACUCAAUUCAUUCAAAAAUAUUUCUUGUAAAUCUCUCGGGUGUUCUUCAUGUAACUGCGCACCCGGUAAGCAUGGUAUUUAUGACACGGAGAAAUCGAAAGAAAGCUGUCACUGUGAUUCCAUCGUUGACUGCCAGGGAUCUCUGAAUACAUUUUACAAAUACGGACUCACCUACCGCGUACCCAAGGAGCUGAUGAAGAGUCCAACCAAGAAGACAUGUGAUGAUUUUGUCAAUCAACUGACCAAAGUGCUGAAUUCACAAUACUUCAUCACAUUAUUUGAUGAAAUUGACAAGUUUUUCUACUGCAUUAGAUCACCAUUUAUGUUAACGUUACUCACCCUCUGGUCGCUGUCGCUCCUGUACCUGCUGCACAUCGCCGUCCUCCGCCUCGACGUCCUGAGGAUACGCUCCCACCUGAAAUCACCCUCAAGCCACCGCAUCGCCGCCCAGUCCUCCUCGCCGCCGCCCUCAAGGCACUCGCCAACAUCAAGUACUUCUCACCAUAAUCGUGCCUUCACGUGUGAUCUGUGCAUCACUCACCUAAUCACCCACUCACCCACUCACUCACCCACUCACCACCCACUCACAUACUCAACCACCCACCCACUCACCCACUCAACCACCCACGCACCCCACUCACCCUCAGCCACUCACCAGCUCAUCACUUACUCACUCAACCGCCCACUCUCGGCCACAUACUCAUCAUCAUCGACCCGCGGCCUCGAAAAAUUUCUCGGCUACAAGAAAGGGAAUUACACCGGUGAUGGCAUCGUGUACUCGGACCUUGACAGGCUCUGCGACGGGGUGAUGUCCUUUAUCCUCCAAUGUCUUGAGGGCGCUAAAACACUUUUACAUCAUUAUUAUCCUCAGAUUAUUGACACUAUAAGAGAGUUAGAAGGUAAAAUAGGUAAGGGCCUUGGUGUUCCAGAAUUUGCGCAGGCCAUUGGGAUUGUGCAGGCGGGGCUGGAGAGGUAUGAGAGUGGCAUGGAGGAGAGGAUUAAUCGUUUUAAAAGUUGGUAUGACGCAAUGAUGAAUACUGAAAUAAAGGAUUUAAAAGGCGAAAUGUCAACAUUUCAUGAUAAGAACCUUGAAGAUCAGUUGAAAGCUGUGUCCUCCAAGGCAAAGAUGUGUCUUCACAGGGCAACAUUCGGCGAAAAAUCAAAAAGUGAACUCGAUGAAAAAUUGCGUGAAAUGCUUGAUAAACCUGUAAGUUUAAUCAAACAGGCUGCACACGAUUUUAGGGAAAUUAAUGAAAAUGGCCUGCUUAACCAUCAGGCAAGGGCUGUGGACACGGCACUUCAGACCCAGCAAGCUGCCUUAAACAACGCUAUAAAUACUGGGUCCCAAAAGUUUCAAAACACUGUAGGUGGUGAAUUUGACAAGAUAAGAAGUAGUUUGAAUGACCUGAAAGAAAAUACUUUAAAGACUGAAAUGCAAAAGGUGAGGAGUGCAGUGGAGGACGCGAAGGUAUUUGUACAAGACUGUAUAACGGAUUUUGAUAAAAUAUAUGAACACAAUAUUCUGAAUGAGUUCAACAGUAUCAAUCAACAAAUGACUGAUAUCACUAAAUCAAAUAAAAGCGUAAAAUAUGAAUCAAAAUUGUUCGAAGAGGUCGAGAAACUUAACAAGGCGGUAUUAGAGUUGGAAAAGCUGUAUCAGGGAAAAUUGGUGGAUGUCAAAAAGAAAGUUGACAAGGCGGUUGGUCUAACUGAUAAUGAGCCUGGUAGUGUGUUGGCGGAGCUUACGAAAUUGGAUGACCACCUGCGCACGGAUUUGGAACGAGUGCGAGGGGAUAUAAAACUGCAGAUUGAUGGUUACAUCGACAAACAGGUUGAUGCUAUUCUGAAAGCGGCGAAGAAGGCAAAUACUGUAAUUCGUACUAAUGUUGGCGGCACUGGACUUUUGAGUAAUCUGGCAGAGGGUAGUAAGUUGAAAGAGUUGUUCAAUUCUAUGCAAGGAUCAACGGCUGGAAAUAUUGUAGAUGCACUAAGAUCUUUAAAUAGUGAACUCAAGUUGGACAGUGUUAUACCCAUCCCCCAAGCAGACACCCUCCAACUUGUUAAAUACCUUAAGACUGACAUAGAGAAUGCGCUUAAAAAGGUUAUAAAGGAGCCUACUAAGAAUAUAAUAAUAAGUGAGACAUUUAUGAACAAUUAUUAUGCGCAGACUACGAAAGAUGGAAGGAUCGAAGGUGCGCUUAGAACAAAAAUCAAGCAGAUUAAAGGGAAGUUUGGCGGCGGCUUCCAAGGUGACGGAGAAAACACAAAGAUACAUUUGGAAACACUUGAAGGAUACAAUACUCCGCCAAGCACAUCCAGCUCCAGUGAAGGCGCCAAGCCUGCGUAUAACAAGGCGGUCGCCAGUGUGAAACAAAUGGUUGACAAAAUGGAACGGCUUCCAGAAUUCGUUGAACAGCGUAAGCUGGCAGCCGAUGAAAUUAUGAAAGACAUUAAAACAAAAUUUACGACACUGCAAGGAAUGAUUGACGACGUCGAUUUAAUUGUAAAUGCUGCGGAGAAAGGCUUACAAAAUGCCAUUGACUCAGUUGGCAACGCGGUAAAAAAAACUGAGCAGGACAUAACUCAGGAAAGCAAGAAUCUUCAAGCUCAACUCCUCGCCGCCGUUAAAUCCUCUUUCGAUACCGUCAAGAAUUCCGUCCAAUCCCUCUUUGCUCGUCAGAAGCAGGCCGAGCUCACGCAGCUGCAGACCGUCGUCGACGCGCAGUUGAGGGAGAUUGAAAGAAUUAUCAGGGAGGAUAAAGCAACAGGGGUGAAGGGAUUUAUUGGCAAUUUAAUAGAAAGAAUCGACGAAGAAUUUCUAGAUCCACUACCAGAUUUCCCCAAGCUCGACAAAAACAUCACGUUGGAACAAUUGGCCACCAAGGUUAAAUUGCUUCAAGAUGUGCUUCUGAUUUAUGUUGAGGAUCAAGUAAAGACUUUGGUGCCGCCGAAGUCAGCACAUCAGCAACCGCAGAAAAUAGAAAAUGAGCAAUCCCGUCAUGUUGCCAAAAUACGUGACGAUCUCACCAAUUUGCUCCUACGACUUACUCACUUCAACAAAACUUCCACUGAUAACCUAAAAUCACUUAAAACGUCACAUCGUAAUUUAAUUCCUGAUAAGUUCGACGGCAACAAUAAUCGUCUCCUUGACCUGGUUAGAACCGGGGUGGGCGGCUUUGUCGAACAGUUGGAGUACACGUAUAUCAGUGCUUACUCGGAGGAGACAAUCACAUGGGAGCAUAAGACCACGCUUCCUGAAUUUCUGGCGUCCGAUGAUGACGAAUUAACCCAGGACGCAACGAAUUGCGCCAAAGUCUUUUGUACCAUAAUUCACCCGCUCUACGAAGAAUUGCAUCAGUUGAGUGAGAAUUGUAAGCCCAAUGGGAAUUGUGCAAAUAAGAAAAUCGAUCUAACCAAUGAGUUAAAAUUCAGUGCAUCAGGGCCUACAAAACCAGAUAUAAACCCACUUGGCCAUUUUCUCAAGCGUUGUGGUUUCCGUGUUGCGUCGCGUCCUGACAUCAGUAAUACGGAGCUACUUAACAAACCGAGCAUGAUGGGCUCAACGAUUUACACCAAAUUACAGACGUCACUUGAUCUUUCUAAGAUCAACAUAAAAAUUAAGGACAAUGAUAACACUCACGUAAAUGUCGUAGACCUCCUUAAAUUCUUCUACGAGCUUCUCCGCACUUCCUACAGUGUGACGCAUCUUCGUCACAUCCCCAAUGCCAGGCCUCCCCGCAGUGUCCACCAUAUGCUCACAUGGCUCAUUGGCCUUCCACAUAAUCCCGUGUAUGACGCACUCUCACAUCAAGGCUUCAGUGACCUCUUCGAGAAGCCUGAGGACGCAGACUCCAAAAACCCUGUGGUAGACGGCAUACCUUUCGAAGACGAAAAUGCCGACUCAUUGGAGGCGUACCCAGAUACAAUAACAGCUGCAAAAUUAUCUGGCAUUCUCACAGAGGUCUGCCACUACGCAGAAGAAACGAUCAUCGCAAUAAUGGGCCACGGCCACGCAGGUGGAACUUACGCCUGUGAAUUUAAUACUAAUUCAUAUGGGUUAUCGUAUCCCAGUGAUGCUGGCAAAUGCUUAGAUUGGCUCGUGGAAAUAUGUCUCAGAAUUAAUCACCAGCUGUCCUUCUUAUACUACCAGUGCUGUAACGGUGCAAGCAGCAGUGGCUGGUUGGACUGCCAUUAUGGCAGGUACGUCGCUGGCUCCAGUUGGCAGUGCAAUGAGAAGCAAUGUGUCAACCUAGAGUGUCCCCAACUAGCCAACCAAAGUGCCAAGCAAAAGACCAACCAAAUUGUUAAGCAACGCUGUGACCAACACCCUCGGUGCGGUGCGAAAUCGCCAUUGCAGUCUUUCUUAGAAGAUGGUCUCCAGGGCUUUUUGCCGCAUCCAUAUAAUAAGUCAGAUUGCAAAAUGACCUGUUCACUGCCGAAUCACAGAGGCCUUCCGUGCAAAACGCCGAUGGGCUUUGGUGACCUCAGCGUGACGGCGUCACAUACAAUGAGAGGCCAGCAUCUUAUGAAAGUGUUGGCAAGAUUUUGUGGUAAAUCGGACAAGCCCCUCACCAAAUUCUGUAGUUAUCUCAUAUGCGUACUACAGACACCUCCCCAAACACUUGAUGAGAUGUUCUCGUUCUACUAUAAUUUCAUCUACGGCUGGGGAGACCUUAAAAACAGCGAACAUAAGAGUAGCGCAUUUGACAGAGCAGUCAACGAAGCGUCAUUUAACCGUGGCAUUACACUUGAUAUCACCAAAUUAGUAGAUAGCACUGCCCACGGAGAAAAUCAUAAAAAAGGAGACCUCUUCAGCCUCGUUAGUUGCAAUGAGAAAUCAUCCCCAGUCUCUCCCUGCGGUUCAUACGUACAUCCACUCAGCCUCAAUGCGCGCUGUGUGUUUUCAAAAAAACACGCCGACAAAUACCUGUCGUGGAUCGUGAAUAUCACUGAGGCGUUCUACGAUUCACUUUGUAGGCUAUUGCUGAGAUGUGAAGGAAAUUGCGGCAAGCAUAUAUCGCAGUGCCGCACUAAAGGCUGCGCAAGUGACUGUCAAGCUGCGAAAUCGUCGACGCAUUCAUCGUCUUGUCAGUCAAUAAUUCAAUGCCCUCAUACCCUUCCGGGAUUCUACACAGAAGGGAUAGUAUUUGGCAAUGGUACAAAAAUCGGAGGUCGACUCGGAAAGCAUUUGAAACGAACAUGUGGAGAUUUCAUCGCGCAAAUGCAAAACGUGAGUCGUGGAAAAACAAUAAUAGCGGAAUAUAUAUAUGUCAUAAUCCCUGGUUACAUGUUCAAGAUCCGCGCACCCUUCAUCUGGACAUUGCUAGCCCUCUGGUCCCUCUCCUUGCUCUACCUGCUGCACAUCGCCGUCGUCCGCCUCGACGUCCUGAGGAUACGCUCCCACCUGCGCUCGCCCGCAAGCCACCGCAUCGCCGCGCAGUCCCUCCUCGCCGCCGCACGCGUCAAGGCACUCGCCAACGUCAAGUACUUCUCACCGUAA